UCGUCAUUACCUGGAAUAUGCACUUAAAUUGUUCAAAGGCAUAAUGAAAGCAAUUAAAAUUUGAUCUAGUGAGAUUAUUCACCAUCAUCAGUUUUUAUUAAAUCAGCAAUUAAUUAAAGUAAUGUACAGACAUUUAAGAAAAUCAGUCAGAAAACAAUAGGCCUAGGUCUCUAACUAGUCUUUAACUUUAAUGCCAUGGUAGUCGCUUGGCCAAAAGGCUUUUAUGAACUCUGCAAUCGCCUUUGGUGAACGGAAACGGACCUCAGACCAAACGAAGGUAGACUACUCUUAUUGCAGUAACAUUGAGUCCGUCAACAACGUUGGCAAUUAUUGGUAGCCCAACACAGACACCGUGCUUAUUUUCUUCCUGUCUCUUUACAAGUUGGUACCGGUAUUGCUGGACCAAAGAAUUGAAAAGAAAUCAAUCGCAGAAAGGCGGAAGUCUACAUCGCACCGACCCUGCCAACUUGAUCGGACACUACACCUUCAAUACAACCACCAUGCCCCCACCUGACAGAUGGGAUGCUUACUGCCCUGUUGGAAAAGUUAUUCCUCGCACAAAGUUUAUCGCCUUCAAAGUGCCAUUGAAAGAGAGUCUCCUACAAAAUGUGUCAAAAGAAGAUCAGCUGUCUCCUGAGAUUUUGAUUCAGACUCUACAGGAGCAGGGAAUUAAGCUUGGAAUGGUUAUUGAUCUGACCUUCACCUACAAGUACUAUAAUAUACAGGACUUUGAAAAGCAGUCGGUUCUACAUAGGAAGAUCUUUGUGAAAGGACAUCAGGUGCCUGAUGAUUCAAACUUUCAAGAGUUUGCUGAAGCUGUGAAAGGAUUUGAUAAAGAAGACCAUGUUAUUGGCGUUCAUUGCACUCAUGGCGUAAACAGAACUGGAUACCUUAUAUGCAGGUAUUUGAUAGAAGAAAUGGAUUUUGAACCGGAGGAGGCCAUAGCAAUGUUCAAUGAAGCCCGCGGUCAUGGCAUUGAGAGGGAGAACUAUCUGGCAGAUUUGUCUCAAAGAAAGAAAGGUCAGUCGUCAGUUGAAAUAAGACCACUAGACCAACAAGGAAGCAGAAGCCCGGGGAAAGAUCGCUGGCGACAUCACCGUGACGACCAUCCUGGAUGGAGGAGGAAAAAGAACCAUGCGCAUCGCCAGCAUUCAUACUCGUCAGAACCUUAUGGGACAAACUUUCCUCGACACUAUAGCAGAAACAGAGGAAUGGGGGACCACUUCCAGUCAGAGAGUUUUCAUAAACAGAUGGCAAAUCCGGGCUAUCAAGACUCGGAGUAUAACAGCACUGGCCAGGUUUCAGGAGCAAAUCCAGGACACAUUGAUCACAGUCGAGAGAGAUACCAACGAGCUGGUUGGGGGGUUAAUCAUGGUCCGUGGGGCGGUCAUGCUUCUAGUAGAGGAGACUGGGAGGGAGGGAUGCCUGGGUAUAGAGAGGGGAACCUUUCUGGUGCAGGGAGGAAUAAUGGCUGGGGAAGUCACUUUUCUCCGGAGCCAAGCCGAUGGGAUGGAGAAACGUACGAAAAGUACAGAGAGGGAGGCAGGGACAGAAACAGAGCUCCAUACAGAGUGGGAUAUAGAGACCAGUGGGGCGGUGGAAACGCAGCUGGCAGACAAAGACGGUAUGAUGAUGAUCGGCGCGGUAAUGGUGACAGGUCAAGAUAUGAAGCAGCUGGGUGGACAGUUGGUGGGGACUCGUCGAGAGGUGAUCAGAAGUACGGGCAGUUUGGUCGCAGGGAAUACUAAACUUGUGAAAUAUUGGUACCGGUAUACGCAUAUAGGUUGUUUUAGCAGGCAUCUGUAGUACAUGAACGAAUUUUCCUUAGUAUAAAUUACGCAAUGCAAGAAUAGGGCUUCAAAGAAAAUUUGGUAGGAUAACUCCAUACAACUUAAUGUCGUCAACUCCACUUGUGGUGAAGUCUCUUGAGUUGAUCUUUUCUUUUCUUUCUUUGUUUUGUUUGUUUAAAAAAAAUGAAAUGUAGGUGUUUUACACGCCCCAUCGACACAGUUAAGAUCUUCCAAGAGCGGGUUGAGACGGGUACACGACAUCCCAGGAGAAUGACCGAGGCACUCCGUAAAAAUUCUCUACUCCCUGUAACUGAACUUGUGGUUUCCUGUGUGUAACGGCAAAGCGCAUAAUCUCUACACCACAGAUGCUGGUCAAAUGGUUGUGUUAAGCUCAACUUAAAUGUUGCGCUUGAUUUGAAGUCCUUUUCAACCCCCUGCUGAAAGUAUGCAACAGCUGGAUUUUUUUUUUUUUUAACUUUAUGUGUACCGUCAAAUCUUUUGCAGCAAAGUUUUGACACGGAUGAGACUUCGCAUAAGAAUACUACUUGUAAAGCUGAUCAGCGUACAAUAAGCUUUCACAGUGCAUAGUUGAAAUGGUGAUGGAUAAGAGGAGUGGAUGUGCAUGCGUACAUGCAUUCGUUCGUGCAUUCAUGUUUGUGUGAGUGAGAGACAUGUGUGAGACAUCACAAUGCUGUAACCUCGUCUGCAAGUGCUGCUUCCUCUCUUGAGGUCUUGGCACUCUAAAAUAGUAAAUGAUAGUUGGUCUCUGUUGCAAUGCCAUUUGAGUUUGAUUGAAUAGUCUUUUUUGGCAUACAGUGCCAUUUGAGUUUGAUUGGAGAGGGCCUAGUCUCUUAGGCAUGCGAUGCCAUUUGAAUUUGAUAACAUUAUUUAUAAUGAUACUGUCAAAGACUGGCACUUUCUUCUCGACAAUGGGUGGCCGUCUUAGACAAGACAGUUGUGAUUGUUUGAGAGAAAACAUUUGCAACCUAGAAAUUGAAUAGAAUAAAUAGUGACCUCGUGCUUCAAAGCAGCAUGGGUGAAGUUUUAUUUCCUCAAAUCAGGCUGCACUAAGAGGCAGUGGUAAGACUUUUGGCAGACUUCCUGUGAAUCGCAGAACUGUCACUGUUGUUGAAACCCGACAUGUUCUUGUUUUAUAUCCCUGUCAGAUUUUUCUAGGGUAGUUUUACUUCCCCCCGCGGCAGUGCCACUGACUGUAAUGUCUUUAAGCCAUUCCCAA